CGCCCCGGCCGUGCGGGCGGAGGUGCCGGAUGGCGCCGGCCGGGCCUGUGCCGGUGUCACAGCGCGGGGGCCAUCGGGGGCUAUCGAGGGCCGGGCUCGGGCCGGUGUCACAGCCCGGGGCCCAUCGGCGACUACCGAGGGCCGGGCUCGGGCCGGUGUCACAGCCCGGGGCCCAUCGGGGCCGGCCCGCCCUGCCGGUUACGGUGGUUUCUAUUCACCCCUCGGUGUUUACUGCACGGUCGGCAUCUUCCUCAGGCAAACAAGGCUUUAGGGCUGAAGGUGAAGCAGCCACAACCCGGCCUUUUGUCUACGGUUGAAAAGAUGGGUAAUGCUGAAAGCAAUGCCUAUCAGAAUCACCUUUCCAGAUUUCUUCCUGAGGAGCAGUCUGACAUUGAUGGACUAUUCGACACCUUAUCAGGAUCCAGUGGCGCAGCUGGAGCAAAAAAUGCCAAAGCUGCAAAGAAAACUGUGACUCUGGCAGCACUACAGGCACACACCCGGGAGCCCCUGCCAGAGGCAAUGACUGCUCGGUUGUACAAUGGAAUGAAAAGCAUUGACCUGCCUGGCAAAUCAGCCGGGCUCAGUGAACAGAUUGCUAAGGAGCAGUUUGUAAUUUUUAUGUCAAACCUCUUAAAAGGGAAUGCAGAUGAGAAGAUUAGCAUAAUAAUGAGAAUGAUCGCCAAGACGGGAGGGCCUCUGAAGGGCAAACAAAUCCAAGAGUUCACAGAGGAUCUGAUCACAUCUGUAGUCCAUGUACUGAGCUACAGGAAGGAGCUGAAAGGUUGGAGUUUGGAGAAUACGAGGGAUUCUUCAAGUGGAGUCAAAGCUUUGGCCUCUGAGCUGCUCUCGGAAUUGAAGCUUCCAGAUGGGACAAAACCUGUGGGUUCUCAGCAGCUGGAGGCAAAUUUUGACCAAAGUGUCAUUGAGGAUUGGGUGUACCGAGUUCCCCAGAUCUCAGUUUUCCUCAGUGUUGUCAUCAGGCAAGGCCUCCACGUCCUGCAUUCCCUCCCAGACCAAACCAAUGACAUCCUCAACCUGGUUCCUCAUUGCAAAGGCAUCAAAGGAAGAGGAGUUGUCAGUCUCUUUGACAUCCCAGCCAUCAUCUACAUCAACUCCCACCUGCCUGCAGAGAUGCAGCACAAGUGGCAGCUUUUAUUUUCCUCCAGGCUCCAUGGGGAAAGCUUCUCACAGCUGUGUGCCCAUAUAGUGAACAAAGGUCCUUGCAUAGUGAUCAUAAGGGACUUGGAUGGUUUCCUCUUUGGUGGGUUUGCAUCUCACUCCUGGGAGGUGAAGCCACAGUUUCAAGGUGACAACAGAUGCUUUUUGUUUUCUGUUUUCCCCACUCUGGCUGUAUACACAUACACAGGGUACAAUGACCACUACAUGUAUUUAAACCAUGGCCAACAGACUAUGCCAAAUGGACUUGGUAUGGGUGGACAGCAUGGCUACUUUGGGCUCUGGAUAGACAGUGACUAUGGGAAGGGCCACAGCAAAGCCAAACCUCGCUGCACCACCUACAACAGCCCCCAGCUGUCAGCCAAAGAGGAUUUUACACUGGAUGCCAUGGAAGUUUGGGCAGUGGGAGAUGCCCCUGAGAGUGCAGGGAGAAAAGGUAAGAAGAGUAUCCUGGAUGUGGAUCCUCAGGCUCAGGCCUUGCUGGAAAUGGCUGGGAAAAGCCGUCAGAGCGAGGGUCUGCGGGAGCCCAUGGAGGAGGAUGAAGGUGAUGAUGAUGAGAGCUAAAGGAGCCACAGUAACAUGUAAAAACUUCACUUUUAUUUGCUUCAAGUGGUGGUGAUAUUCCUUGGACAAGAUACUUUUUCCUUUUUUUUUUUUCUCCCUGAAUGUAGCUAAUUGUCUUGGACAAAGCAUAAGCCUUGUACUUGUGUAAUAUUUAGGUCUAAAGCACUAAUCUGCCUGAAGGGCUUUGUUUGGGAAGGACAGAAAAAUUAGCUGGGGACAUAAUCAUUAGGCAUGGCUGAGCUCCAGCUGAAUAUGAAUCUGCUUUCAUUCCCCAUAGAUCAUGUCUGCACACUGAAUUAAAAGCAGCAGAAGUUAUUGACAGUAUGGCUUUCUGUCCUGGAGAAUUGAUAUGUACAUAGUUACAUAUUUAUAAAACCUGUUCAAGGCACUGAUUAGAGCUCUUAUACCUCAGCUGCACAUAUUUAUUUGCAUGCAGUGAAAUUAGUCAGCAAAGCUUACAAACUGUAACAAUGUCUUACACUGGUGAACAUAGAAUAGUCCACAUGAUGCCACAUGAAGGAUGCUGUAAAUUUGCAUUGCUUCAGUUAAAGCAUUAAAUUUCGAGCUUUCUAAGUCAGGUUUUCAGCAGGCAAUUCCAUGUGAGCUGUAGAAUGUUCCACAACAAGUUUUAUAGUACUACACUAUCCCUAGUGCAUCUCACUUCAUCUAUUUCUGCAGAAACUUGUCUGUUACUUUUUAAACUUAGACCAGAAUCAUUGGAGCCAUAUUUAUGCUAAAAAUACCUCCAGCAGAAUUCUCGAGAGAAGGUACAUUCUUUAGUAGCCUCAUGACACUGGAGUAAAAGAUCAGGCUGCAAAAAAGGUUGAGUAAGAAGCAGCCACACUUAAUUGAGAAUAGGAUCUGCAGAUACCUUGUGAAAGAAACAAAAAUCAGGGUUAUGUCUGUGAAAUGUUUAAAGAAGCUUGCUGUACACUUUAUUUCCACAUAAUGAAUCGUUAUUGUGGAAAAGAAUCCCCACAAUGUGAAGUGCAGUUGUUGGGGGUUGUGCUCUGUUUUGUGACUCUUCACCAGUCAGCACCAGUUUUGUCAGGUCUCUUAUACUCAGGAUUUUUUCUACUUGAAUUGGUUCCCAUCACUCAGUAAUUAUUCGUUUGACCUUGCUAAUUCUAUGUGUAAUUAACUUGUCAAAAAUAACCCUGAUUUUUACCAGGGGCUGCAGUUUCUAACUCAGCAAGAAGUGUUUGGUUAUCAGUGUCUCUGACUGUCAGUCUUCCUCCUCCUGAGGAACAGGACUGUGUCCAAUCCCCUUUGUCCUGGCAUGAGUUUGUCUUCUUUGCAGCUUAGAGAAAAACAAUAGAAUUCUAUAAUUUCUGCUCAUGUGGCCUUCCUUGAAAUUCUUUCCCUUGGUGUUUUCUUGUAUGAGAUUUUUUUCCCCCACCUGUUGUUUUUCAUAGAGAGCCAGAUUGGAAUAUUCUGAACAAUCUGCACUUGUGCCUUAACAUAGAUCUCAUUUGUAAAAAUUGUAUUAAACAACAUGAAUUUCAUCUUGAAAGGAGAGCAUGAACAAAUCACUCCAGCCAGGUAUCCUAGGACUCAACUGUGUGUUUUGUGGAGUACCUGAACUAAUGCUUGGGGCAUUUAUAUGCUGUUUGUUCCAGUACAGAGAGUGCUGUGAAAGGCCUGGGAGAAUGUCCUUUUUUCCUGUAUUUGCUUAGAGAAACCAAAUAGUCUCCCAAGUUUGUAACACACAGAAAAAAAUAAGCAUCAGAACAAUUGCACUGAUACUUUUGUAUAGUUUCCUUCUCUAUAUAUAUUAAUAAUAUUAAGUUUUACAAUGUAAGGAGUAAUAAGUACAUGAUGCUGUCUGUAAGUGUGGUGAUAGCAGCUUUUGUUUGAGCAUUCUCAAACUCCCACCAUGAGUCUCAGAGGUCUUUUUCACUUAGCAGUGACUAAGCCUAUUGAACACUCCCAUGUAGAUGGCAUACAGGAUGAGACAGUUGAAUUUCUGCAGUUAAAAUAAACAGCUAGACUUUAUUUUCCUUCCAUUACAAGCUUGUUUUUGAGAACUGAAACCAUCUGCAAGGGUAUAGAAAAAACCCUGAAUUGUACAAAGGUACUCUCCACCAAAAAUAUUUCAGUGGCCAAGUUUUCUUUGAUUUUUAAUGAGUAUCAAUAUAGCUGUUUCUUUCUAGUCUAUGAAUCCAAAAUGUAAUCCUGUUUAAACUUCAUUUUGUGACUAUCAGCAUAGCAUUGUGACCUCUGAAAUUGUAGUUUUUUGACAAGUUUGUGUCUGAGACUCUUCCUCUUCACUUUGAAGGUGUUAAGCUGGGGCAAGAAGAAAACUGACACUGGCACUUCAGCAAAUGUCUCAGUGAAGUAUUAUUUACUAGGACACCACUGAUCCAACCAGCAGACGGGAUUAUUCCAAAUUGUUCUUUAAAUGUAAAAGAUGGGCUUGGGAAAGACUCAAUUUUUAUUUUAACCUGAAACUAAUGAGUAAGAAAUCUGGGCUCAUGCACUUAAAAAUGUCCAGAAAGCUUUUGUCAGCAGUGGGCUUAGCUAUGAUCUGAACAGCUCAGUCUCUUUUGUGCAGUUUUGGCCCAGCUGCAAAGCCCAGCAUCCCUGAUCUGUUCCUGACUCAUCUUUAUUCUCAGGCUCUUUGGAAGUGAGUCCCUUUCCCAUUAAAUCCAUCCUCUGCUGAGCACUGGGUCUGAUCAGCCUUCCCUUCUUCUCCUGUCAGUCACACGGGUAGCAAAACUGACAGCUGAGGGUUGGCACUUCAGCUCCCUGCUCUGUUUGACAGCUCCCCACAGUUUCCUAGAAAGUCUUGCUGAGUCAAGCCUGAGUAUCUGGGAAUCCACAAACACUACAGAUUGAAGGAAAAGAAAUGCUUCAAGGCAGGUCGUUUCCACUCUUCUAGUGAAACAUUAAAGGAUGUGUCUAAAUCACGAGUCUCACUCAGAUACUUGUCAGUAACAUUUUAAAAUGUAGAUUUUAUUAAUAAAAAUGAUUUUGAUUUAAAUAAAUAAAAUUUCAGUUUAUGCACAAUA